UGAACCUCAAUGCAAAAUAUACUCUAACUCUUCGAUUAAUUCGUUGAGCUGGUAAGCGGAAACUCUCACAGGAAGUACCGAUAUAUGAGAUUUCACAACAAAACGUUUUAGUUAUCUUCAGACAACAGCAAAACAACAAUGCGCUUUAUCUUGUUGGUGGCUUGUAGUUUAUACUCCGCAAACGCCGUCUUUUACAAAUCGAAUACAACAGACCUGGAUAGGUGUGAUGUCCAUUAUGCGAAAUCCGGGAGCGUCUACAAAGAUUUCUACAAUCUACCGGUCAAUCAUAACACGAGUUAUAUCCUGGAUUUUCAUUUUGGGGUAAUGGCAUCGAGCGACGCUCACAUUCUCUUAGCGUCUUCAGCAGAUAUCGAAAAAGACGCCCCUGUAUACGAAAUCGUGAUUGGUGCAGGAGGAAAUACCUUUUGUGAUAUUCGGAGGAUGCAGAAAUCCGAAGUGAAAGCGUCAGUGAGGAUAAAGGGGUUGUUGUCGGGAUUGGAUCCGCAUUUCUUCUGGUUGCAUAUCAGCAAAGAUGGCUUGAUUGAAGUGGGCGUUGAAGGGAACAGCACAUCCUUUAUUUCGUGGUCUGAUCCGGACCCCCUGUCACUAAAAGUGUUUAGUUUCAGUACUUGGUCAGGAAUUGAAGCUAAAUGGUUCUACAACUGCGACAGAUCUGGAAACUGGGAGGAACUGGAAAAGAAGAUGACGACACUGGAAAAAUUACGCAGGGAUUUACUUACAGAGUACGACCCGGUAGUAAGGCCAGUCAUGGAUAUGUCCACCGUAACCACGAUAUCGAUGAGCAUAGUAUUAACUUAUUUAAAUUUGAAUGAGUAUGAAUCCACUAUUGACUUUGCGGGAGAGACCAAACUAAUUUGGCAUGAUGAAAAAUUGAAAUGGAAUGCAGAAAAUUACGACCAUAUUCGCAAUAUCCAUAUCUUCAGAAAGGAGAUUUGGCAACCGCAUUUGAUUUGCCUCAAUGCCGUCGAUCAUUCUAAAGAUAUUUUAGAAGACAGCAUGAUGGUGGCACAUAACACGGGACUAGUCGAGUGGAGUGCUAUUAUUAGGAUCACCGCGUGGUGCGAGAAUCAAAAUUUAAAAGAAUGGCCUAGAGAUAGCCAUAUCUGUCAAGUAUAUUUCUUAAUUCCAAGGGAACCCGAGUUUAUUAAACUAGAAUUUGACUAUUACAAUAGUUCAAUGACGCAUCACCAGUCAUCUGAAUGGUUGGUUUUGGAAGCCGCUUUAAUGCUUAAUUUUUCAACCGAGACACUCGAUCCACCAGCAUUUGUUCUUUCGUUUACUGUGAAGAGAUCUUCGACCAUAUACAACACGGUAUUCUUUACUCCGUUCUUAGUUAUUGCAACAUCCCUGCUGUUAUCAUUCUGGCUUAGUCCCUUUGGGCAUAUGAAAAUCUCAUUAGGAUGCGCUGCUAUGUUAAUGGGGACCAUAAUGUUAAUAGCUAUGGCAAUAUUUGUCCCGAAUAGUUCGAAAGAUGUUCCGUACUUGCUAUCGCUAUACUGCUAUAGCUUCAUUGGGGGCUUAAUGUCCUUAAUUAUUGCCGUGGUAGUAAUUAAUUUAUCACGAAACAAACAUCGAGCCAUUCUUUCCCACGUGUUUUGUAAUAUUCUCACAUCUAAAGUAAUCAAGGGGGUGUUAUUUUUGCCAAACAUAGUGAUGCCAGAUGAAUACGGCGAGUUAAACCAGGUUUCAAAGGACGAGGAUAAAAACCAGUGUAUGUGGAUUCUGCUUGGAGUCGUCAUCGAUCGAGUCGCAUUUUUAGUUUUUCUGAUAUUAAUCAGCUACGCAACUGGUAUAUACGUGGCGUCAAAGUUUUAACAUUUUAUAUUAUUUGUAAAGCGUUCGAAUUUCAAAUAAAUUUUAAUCAACAAUUUCAAAUAUAUUUUUGAAUCCCGAUACAAAAAGCAAUUGGAAAAAUAAUGUUUGUUUAUUUUGGUUGGA